UACUGGACAGAUUUCUACCUGCAGUGGAACGUGUCCGACUAUCCAGGAGUGGCCAACGUUAGAUUCCCCGACAGCCAGAUCUGGAGGCCCGACAUCCUGCUGUACAACAGUGCUGAUGAAAGGUUCGACGCCUCCUUUCACACCAACAUCCUGGUCAACUCCACCGGCUACUGCCAGUACCUGCCACCAGGUAUUUUUAAGAGCACCUGCUACAUCGACGUUCGCUGGUUUCCGUUCGACGUGCAGCGCUGCGACCUGAAGUUCGGCUCGUGGACGUACGGCGGCUGGUCUCUGGACCUGCAGAUGAUCGAGGCUGAUGUCACCGGGUACAUCGCCAACGGAGAGUGGGACCUCGUUG